UACCCCUUUCAGGUAACACUUUGGUAGUUACUUUAUAGGCCUCACAGUCCUGUCUGAAGCAGGAAAGGGCCAGGGCCACCAUCUGUCUAGUUGCAGAAAUUCUGGUCUCUAGCUAAGCUUCCUGCCUAUGCAAUAGCAGCUGGGAGGAGCCAGAGCAUUCUGUUGGGGCCACACCCACUGGGAAGGACAUAAAUAGUGAAGUUUCACAUCAGUCAUCAGAGCCACCUGCCUUCACCAUGAAGUCCAUGAGCCUCUUCUUCCUUGUGGUGUUCCUUGCCCUGGGAACUCUGGAAACUCUGGCUGCGGAAGGCUCUAGAAAAAGAUCUCAGAAAGCCGGAGCCUGCCCUCCUAGAAAACAGGUCGUGUGUAUUCGAUAUGAGAAGCCUGAAUGCAAGAGUGACUGGCAAUGUCCAGGGGAAAAAAAAUGUUGCACUGACUAUUGUGGCAUCAAGUGCUUGGAUCCUGUUGACAUCUCAAAAUCAGGGAGGAAGAAGCCUGGGAAGUGCCCAGUGACCAAUGCUGAAUGUCUGAUGCUUAAUCCCCCCAAUUUCUGUGAGAAGGAUGGCCAGUGUGAGGGUAAAUUAAAGUGCUGCAAGGGCAUGUGUGGGAAAGCCUGCAUUCCUCCUCAGUAAGAUUGAUUCCUACCAUUUGGACAAGACUCUGAAAUUUGUUCUGUGUGUGGCCUGGGAAUUCCUUUUCUGUUUCCAGGUUUGGAUUCUGCAGCAAGGAUUUGGUUCCACCACCAGCACCUCCUUUCAACAAGCUCUUGGCAAUAGGCUUUAAGGAAGUAAUGUUGAUCAGUUAAUAAAUAA